AAUCUCUAGAGGUGGCUUCCCUCCACUUUAAAUAUGAAAGCACUCGUAACCACUCUUCCCAUUAAGUGUCCUUGUCUGUAACCUCCUCGAGUUUUCAAGAAACAUUCUCUCUUCAUUCCUUCCUCUUUUCCAUAUUCUUCUCUUCUUCUCCAUACCCUUUUGCUGAGAAAAAAACAAAGCAAUGGCUCAGAAUGGUGGCAUCAUGAUGCUCCUCUGUGCCACCUUCUCAGUUUUGGCCAUGGUUGGUGCUGAAGACCCUUACAGAUUUUUCGAGUGGAAUGUCACGUAUGGGGACAUUUACCCACUUGGGGUUCGCCAACAGGGAAUUCUUAUCAAUGGACAGUUUCCAGGGCCUGAUAUCUACUCUGUUACCAAUGACAACCUCAUUAUCAAUGUCCAUAACAGCUUGCCAGAGCCUUUCCUCAUCUCCUGGAAUGGAGUUCAGCAGAGGCGAAAUUCGUUUGAAGAUGGGGUGUAUGGGACUACAUGUCCUAUCCCACCUGGGAAGAACUUCACUUACAUCCUACAAGUAAAAGAUCAGAUUGGGAGCUUCUUCUACUUCCCAUCUCUAGCCUUCCACAAGGCAGCUGGAGGCUUUGGAGGGAUCAGGAUUCUCAGCAGACCAAGAAUCCCAGUUCCAUUCCCUGACCCUGCUGGGGACUAUACCAUUCUCAUUGGAGAUUGGUACACGCACAAUCAUAAUACCUUGAAGGCCAUUCUGGACCGUGGGAGGAGGCUGCCUUUCCCUGAUGGCAUUCUGAUCAAUGGUCGCGGAGCCAAUGCUGCAAGUUUUACUGUCGAACGAGGCAAAACUUACAGGCUUAGGAUAUCAAAUGUAGGACUCCAGAAUUCACUCAAUUUUCGGAUUCAGGGACACAAGAUGACACUGGUUGAAGUUGAGGGAACCCACACUCUCCAGACCUCCUACUCGUCGCUGGACGUUCAUGUUGGCCAGUCCUACUCCGUACUGGUUACUGCAGACCAGGCUGCUAAGGACUACUACAUUGCAGUUUCCUCCCGGUUCACUGAAAAGGUCCUGACCAGCAGUGCCGUCCUUCACUACAGCAACUCUGUCUCUCCAGUGAGCGGUCCACUCCCUGGUGGACCUACCACCCAGAUUGAUUAUUCUCUUAACCAGGCUCGGUCCAUCAGGACUAAUCUCACAGCAAGUGGACCGAGACCAAACCCUCAAGGAUCUUACCACUAUGGCCUCAUCAACAUCACAAGAACUAUCAAGCUAGGGAACACAGCAGGACAAGUUAAUGGCAAGCAGCGAUAUGCAGUUAACAGUGUGUCAUUUAUCCCUGCUGACACCCCCCUUAAGCUUGCGGACUACUUCAAGAUUGGAGGUGUUUUUCGUCUUGGAAGCAUCCCAGAUCAACCAAGUGGCAAGAAAAUGUACCUUGACACAUCAGUCAUGGGAGCUGACUUCAGAGCAUUUGUGGAGAUAGUGUUUGAGAACCGCGAGAGUAUCAUCCAGAGCUGGCAUCUUGAUGGAUACUCCUUCUGGGUAGUUGGAAUGAAUGGAGGAGUGUGGACACCUGCAAGCAGGAACCAGUACAAUCUUAGAGAUGCAGUAUCGCGUUGCACCACUCAGGUAUAUCCCAAGUCAUGGACUGCGGUGUACAUAGCACUAGACAAUGUGGGAAUGUGGAAUCUGAGAACAGAGUUCUGGGCAAGGCAAUACCUUGGACAACAAUUCUAUCUUAGAGUUUACUCCCCAGUGGGGUCGAUCAGGGAUGAAUACCCGAUUCCAAAGAAUGCACUUCUCUGUGGUAGAGCUGCAGGAAGAACAACAAGAUCCCUCUAAACAACAAUUACUACUUUAAAUGGCUCCAACUCGGGGCCAGAUUCUUUGUUAUACAACUCAUUUGUCAUUUACAAUAAUUCUUUUUACACAUACUUCUAUGAAGUUAAAAUUUCUCUAUGUACUUGCAUAGUUAAAGUUCUUUUCUCUUUCCCCAGAAAAUGUCCAUGUGUGUACUGCUUUCUCCACCUUGAAUUUUAACAAUCUGCAGCCAGGGUUAUGAAUAAGUUGUGUGUGUCCUUAGAAGAAGAAGCAGUAUGUUUUCAAUGUUCCAUGGUGAAGGAUUGUUUAUAGACCAAGAAAAUGACCCACAA